AUGUUGAAAGUUGACGACAACUUGUUGACAGAGCUCCCAAACGGUUUAUCCCGACUCAACAACUUGUUCCAAUUGGACGUACGUGGCAACAGCAUAACGUUCCUACCUGUAGAGUUCGGAAAACUGACAAUGCUGAAGAUAUUUGAUAUCAAGAGGAACCCGAUUGUGCAGCCACCACUGGAUGUCUGCCUGCUAGGAGUAGAGAGUAUCAAGACAUACUACGAAGACCUGGCGAAGUCGGAGCGAGUUUCCACCGUGCACCGGAAAGUUGUGCUGCUUGGAGAAUCGUUCGCUGGAAAGACAAGUAUGAAGAACGCUCUCCAAACGGGCGAAUCCCAUUUGACCAAAGUGAGGGAUCGCACACAGUGUAUGAACAUAGACUCGUGGUGCUCUAAGAUAGGCGGCGAAAGUCUGGAGAUUCGGGUGUGCGAUUUCGGAGGUCAUGAUGUGUACACACUGACGCACCAGUUUUUCCUGAGCGAAGGAUCUCUUCACCUGCUGGUGGUAAAUCUGAAAACUUACCGCAGACGACAAACCGCGUUCAACAGAGCGGUGAGGUUCUGGUUAGAGAGUGUGGAUUCUCGCGUCGUCAAUGCAGUCGUUUAUCUAGUGGGAACCCAUGCUGACAGGUUGACCGCGGGUGAGAUAGAAGGGAAGACCCGAGACAUCAAAGAUCGCGUGAUGAAGUACAUCGAAGAAAGAAGGAAGCACCUGCACUCGCAGAUUGAGGAGGUAGAAACACAGCUUGUCAAAGCAAGGGACGAGGCAGAGUAUGUCAUGAGGGCGUAUGCAAGCAGAAAACUAGAGCGACUACAGCGCAAGGUAGAAAAGCUUCGGUGUGAAUUGGAUAGUGGUCUGAAGUUUCUGAAGAAUGGUGACGUGGCAGUAGUGAGCUCCAAAGACAUGACCGGCAUCACCGACUUGAAAACAGAUGUGUUCAAAAUCUCAGUCGACAAGGAUCUGUUCCCGAGCGCUCAUUGUGUCCUGCCCAGAUCAUGGAUCAACAUGGAGAAACUGCUCAAGUUAGAAGGGGAGAAGUCCAGCAAUAUCAGCCUCUCAUGGGAGGAGUGUGUGCAUCUCGGGUCAAAGCUUAAUCUAGUUUCGAACGGAAUGGAAGCUGUGAUGGGCUACCUUCACAAAACCGGCUCCGUCCUACACUACAGGGGCGACGUCCUCCAGAACGUUGUGUUUCCUGACCCUACUCAGCUGAUCACGCUUCUCAAGCUGAUUUUUGACCACGACCAAGAACGCCUCCUUGGCGCCUUAAGACAGAAUUCUAAGAUGUCCACAGAGGAAUUUAGCGUCGUGCAGAACAACUUCGUACGUCGCGCAAUCCUACCGAAAGGUGUACUCCUCAAACAUUUUAGUAAGAACAAAACAACGACAGACGACUUCGACCACCAUCAAGGUGCUGGAGACAUUUGUCACCCGGCACGCCGCCGCACGUGA